AUGGCGCAGUACAGCAAUCAGCAAAUGGACCGCUCGUUUCUCGAGGCGGAUAUUCCCGAGAUUGUCAGCAAGCUCAAGGCGGACGAGCGCGCGCUCUUGCUCGCGGGCGUCAACUGGUGGAACACGCUUGCGAUCCCUCGGCUCAAUGUUCCUGGUGUGCGCAUGAGUGAUGGACCAAAUGGUGUACGCGGCUCGUCUCACUUCCAGGCCACGCCCGCACAAUGUCUUCCCUGCGCGACCUCCCUAGCAGCAACCUUCGACCCCGACAUGAUCCACCAAGCCGGCGAGUUCCUCGCCGAAGAAACCAAGAUCAAGUCCUCCGUCAUCCUCCUCGCUCCGACGUGCAACAUCCAGCGCAACCCGCUCGGCGGACGCGCGUUCGAGUCGUUCUCGGAGGACCCGCAUUUGUCGGGCACUAUGGUGGCGGCGUAUGUGAAUGGGUUGCAGUCGCGUGGGGUUGCUGCUACGAUAAAGCACUUUGUCGGCAAUGAUCAAGAAGACGAGCGCACGGCAGCAGAUUCAGUCGUGUCAAUGCGCGCAUUACGCGAGAUAUACCUUUACCCCUUCAUGCUCGCACAAAAGCUCGCGAAGCCCUGGGCAUUCAUGACCUCAUACGGCCGGCUCGACAACGUGCACGUCUCCGAGAACCCGGCGAUCUUACAAGAUAUACUACGGAACGAAUGGGGGCUGCCGGACGAUGCUAUUAUUAUGAGCGACUGGUACGGGACGUAUGGAACGGCCGAAGCUCUCGUCGCUGGCCUCGACCUUGAGAUGCCGGGCCCGCCACGCUGGCGCACGCCGAUCCUCGUCUACCACAGCCUCUCAUGCCAAAAAGUCCUCCCGUCGCACCUCAAUGCACGCGCGGAGACGAUGCUGCGGUUCGUGCAGAAGAUGGCGCGCAUCAGUCCAGACGUCGUAUAUGGCGAUGGGGUGGAGAGGUCGCGCGAUUCGCCUGAGCUCAGGGCGUUCGCGAGGAAGGUGGCGGGGGAGGGCAUCGUGUUAUUGAAGAAUGAUAAGGAGGCAUUGCCGUUGGACGGGAAGGCGAAGAGGGUGCUUGUUGUAGGGCCUAAUGCGAAGGCGAGGGUGUACAGCGGUGGAGGAAGCGCACAGCUUAAGCCGACGUAUGUCGUUACGCCGUACGAGGGGAUCGUCGCGGCCGCACCGGAGGGUGUUGAGAUUCAAUACACAUUGGGAUGUUACGCGCACAAGUACCUUCCCCAGCUCGAACAGAACAUGCGCACGGCGAACGGCGAGAAGGGAUGGGUCGUAACGUUCUUCAGCCACGAUGAGAACGGGGAGAAGGAUAAGGACUUGGGCAGCUACGUUCUCGAUGAUACGCGCGUCAAGGUCAACGACUUCUUGCCGAAGGGCAUCACGCCGACGUGGAGUUUGGAGAUCAAGGGCAAGCUCACGACUGAGGAGUCUGGGCCGUUCGAGUUGGGAGUGGCGGUUGCGGGGAGGGCGAAGUUGUUCGUUGAUGGGAGGUUGACGGUUGAUAACUGGACGCAGCAGAGGCCGGGCGAUUUCUUCUACGGGCAGGGAACUGUGGAGGAGAAGGCGGUCAUCGAUGUUGAGGCAGGCAAACCUUUGGACAUCCACGUCGAGUACACGAACACGCCCUCGCCCGAUCUGGCCCAGACAGACGUCUCUCAACCCGGUCUCAUGCUCGGUGUCCGUCUAGGAGGCGCGAUGAAGAUCGACGCGCAACAAGCCAUAGAAGAUGCCGUCAAAGCGGCUUCUCAAGCAGACGCCGUCGUCGUCGUCGCGGGCUUGUCACCUGAAUGGGAGAGCGAAGGAUACGAUCGUUCUUCGCUCAAGCUUCCCGGGCUGCAGGAUGAGCUGAUCAGUAGGAUCGCGAGGGCCAAUAGUCGUACAGUCGUUGCGGUGCAAUGCGGAUCGGCAACGUCAAUGCCAUGGGUCCACGACGUAGCAGCUAUAGUGCAAGCAUGGUACCAAGGCAAUGAACUGGGCAACGCGCUUGCGGACGUGCUCUUCGGCAAGAUCAACCCUUCUGGAAAACUUCCUAUCAGCUUCCCCGUCACUGAGGCGGACAUCCCGUCGUGGCCGAAUGUGCGGAGUGAGAAUGGGAAGAUACAUUAUCGUGAGGACUUGUUCGUUGGGUAUAAGGGGUAUCAGGUGAAGGGCGUUGCACCUUUAUUCCCGUUCGGGCAUGGGUUAUCGUAUACCACCUUCACCAUCUCCGACCUCAAGAUCUCCGAACCAACACUUACAGACGACGACCUCUCAGUCUCAGUCUCUGCAACCGUCAAGAACACCGGCUCCCUCCUUGGCUCAGAAGUAGUCCAAGUCUACAUCUCUCUACCCGACGUCGGCGUCACCACGCCCAGACUCCUACUGCGCGGCUUUGCUAAAGUGCGCGAUCUGAAGCCCGGAGAGUCGAGGGUGGCUGUUGUGAGGCUUGAGAGGUUGGCGUGUGCGUUUUGGGAGGAGAAGAGGGGACGUUGGGAGGCGAGGAAGGGAACGUAUGGGGUGCAUGUUGGGAGGAGUAGUUAUGAGUUGCCGUUGGAGGGGGAGUUUGAGCUGAAGCGGACGCUCGUGUGGACCGGAGUGUAA